AGCUUUUUACUUGCUGACCAGUUCAUCAGCAUCAUAACAUGAAGUAACAGGAAGAGAGUGGUGCAGGGAUUGCUUUCCAGCUCUACUUUUCCCAUGAAGAAGAGAAUAUACAUCACUAUCUGGAUACUGCUGUCAGUGUUGAAUCUGAAGUAACGAUUUGUUUCUUUUCCAAAAAAAAAAAAGAAGAGGUCAGCCACAGUUCAAGAGCAAGGAUGUGGUCUUGUAUAAAAGACUUCUUUACCUAUGAAACCACCAAGUCAGUGGUUGUGAAGAGCUGGACCAUCGGCAUCAUCAACCGUGUCGUCCAACUCCUCAUCAUCACUUACUUCAUUGGGUGGGUUUUUGUCAAUGAGAAGGCCUACCAAGUGAGAGACACGGCUGUUGAAUCCUCAGUGAUGACCAAAGUCAAGGGUUUUGGAAUCUACAAUGACAAGGUCAUGGAUGUUGCCGACUACGUCACUCCGCAACAGGGAGCUUCAGUCUUCUGCAUCAUCACUAAACUGAUCACUACAGAGAACCAAGUGCAAGGAUUCUGUCCUGAGAAUGAUAAGAAGUAUAUUUGUAACCAGGACAGUGACUGCACUAGACACCUCAACAAGCCAGGAGGUUAUGGAAUUGUGACAGGGAAAUGUGUUCCUUUCAAUUCCACCACCAAGAUGUGUGAGAUAAAAGGAUGGUGUCCUGCUGAGAUUGACACCAUCAGGCCUACACCAAUGAUGGAAGUGGAGAAUUUUACCAUUUUCAUUAAGAAUAGCAUCCGCUUUCCAACCUUCAACUACACCAAAGGGAACUUUCUUCCGAACAUCACUGACCAUUACAUCAAAAGCUGUAACUUUGACAUGGUCAACAAUACCUACUGCCCCAUCUUCCGAGUAGGAGACGUGGUACACUACGCACAGCAGAACUUCACUGAACUGGCAAACAGGGGAGGAGUGAUUGGAAUAAAGAUUGGAUGGAUAUGUGAUCUGGACAAGUCAGAUGACCAGUGUAACCCCUCAUACUCAUUCACCCGACUGGAUGCCAUGUCACAGAAGAACGAUGUCUCACCAGGCUACAAUUUCAGGUUUGCCAAAUACUAUAAGAUGGAGAAUGGGACAGACUACCGCACUCUGGUCAAGGCUUAUGCUAUUAGGUUUGAUGUUCUGGUCAAUGGAAAUGCAGGGAAGUUCAACAUGAUCCCUACACUCAUCAACAUGGUGGCAGCCUUUACAUCAGUGGGAGUGGGUACGGUGCUGUGUGACAUCAUAUUGCUGAACUUCCUAAAAGGAGCAGAGCAGUACAAGGCCAAGAAAUUUGAAGAGGUGUCCGACAGCCCGCUAGAUUCCCAAAUCAAUGGGUUGUACCGCUCCCAGCUGUCACUCAGACAUAAUGAGACUAUGAUGAGGUCCAGUGACUCGGGGGCUUUCUCCAUUGAAUAUUACAGCUAAACGGACAUCAGCAAUGGCCAAUUGUGAGAGAGCAGUGAACCAAGGAAGACAAAUGUUGUUUGGAAUUCUCUGAAAAUGUUCAUGUUUAAAAUGUUAUCAAUUUUACUAAUUUAUAAUCCUCUAAAAUACAGUACCACAGCAUUACCAAUAUGUUUAUGCAAAUGUAAAAAAAACAAAAAAAAAAACAUCAGUAGAACUUUGAACUGCCUGAGUACUUAUUAAAUGUUUCAAAUGCGA